CCUAAAAUCCUAUGAUCACCUUAUAUAAAGGUACCAUUGUUUUGAGAGUUGUACAAGAAAUAGAAAGGCAUUUCUCCCAAGAUGGAGAUGAGAAAUGAUGAGGAAGACAAAGAGCUACUCCACUCUCAAGCUCACGUAUGGAACCACAUAUUCCAGUUCAUAAACUCCAUGUCUCUAAAAUGUGCAGUUCAACUGGACAUACCGGACAUCGUCAACAACCAUGGCCGACCCAUGUCUCUCUCUCAACUCGUAGCUGCUCUUCCUGUUAACCCCUCCAAAUCCCGGUGUGUCUAUCGCCUCAUGCGCGUUCUGGUCCACUCCGGCUUCUUCACCAGGGAGAAAAUCUCGGAAACCGCCGAGGAAGAAGAAGGUUAUUUGCUCACUCCCGCGUCCCGUCUCCUCCUGAAGGACGAGCCACUAAAUGUCAGACCAUUUUUGCUAGCCAUGCUUGAUCCAGUCUUGACAAAGCCAUGGCACCACGUCAGCGAGUGGUUCCAAAAUGACGAUCCUACCCCUUUCGACACGGCUCACGAGAGGACAUUCUGGGACUACGCGGGCCACGAGCCGCGGCUCAACCACUUCUUCAACGACGCAAUGGCCAGCGACGCCCGGCUGGUCACGAGCGUGGUGGUCAAGGACUGCAAGGGCGUUUUCGAGGGGCUAAAUUCGCUGGUUGACGUCGGGGGUGGGACUGGCACGGUGGCCAAAGCCAUAGCCGAUGCUUUCCCGGAGUUGGAGUGCACUGUGUUGGACCUCCCUCAUGUGGUUGCGGAUUUGCAAGGGAGUGGGAACUUGAAGUUCGUUGGGGGUGACAUGUUUCAAGCUAUUCCUUCCACCGAUGCUGUUUUACUUAAGUGGAUAUUGCACGAUUGGAGCGAUGAGGAGAGCGUAAAAAUACUGAAGAGAUGCAAAGAAGCACUUCCAAGCAAAGGAGGGAAGGUGAUAAUCAUCGACAUGAAGGUUGAGAAUGAGAAGAAAGGAGACGAUGACUCGAUCGAAACACAGCUCUUCUUUGACAUGUUGAUGAUGAUUUUGGUCACGGGGAGAGAGAGAACUGAGAAAGAGUGGGCGAAGCUCUUUGCCGAUGCCGGUUUCAGCGACUACAAGAUCACUCCCAUUCUGGGUUUAAGGUCUCUCAUUGAGGUUUUUCCUUGAUGAAUGUCACUGCCAUGGUUGUUUUUCUUAUUGGGUUAAUUAAGAACUAAUGAUCAUGGCAAUUGGCAUAUAUAUAUGCAGCAGCUUCUUAUAGUGUUGGAAUUGUAUGGGUACCUUAUAAAGUACUUUAAGCUAUGGGCUUUGUGAUUUCCAGUUACUAAAAUUAGCACCUUGUAACAAAAGAUUGUGUGAUAUAUGUAUGAUGUAAUAAUGUUAUUCUGUAAUUCCUCUGGAGAGUGCUCCCAAAUUUGUAAGAUGUAUAAUAUAAUUCUAGUCGAAAUUACAUA